CGCAUCCACGAGAUCGAGCGCACCAUGAGGAAGCGAGACGUGGACAUACAGGAGAUCAAGGAGAACAUGAACUCGGUGGAGGACGUGGUGUUCGCCGGCUUCUGUCAGGCAAUCGGCGUGCAGAACAUCCGUCAGUACGAGGAGCGGGAGCUGCGCUCACAAACCGAGAAAGCCAAGAAACGGCUCGAGUUUGAGGAUCAAAAGAACAGGAUUACAAAUCAACUGGAGUUUGAGCGCUCGCGCGACACGGAGAACAACGUGAAACGCUGGGAGCGCUCCGUGCAGGACGAUGAAGAAGAGCUGGAGCGCUGCAAGCUCGCUGAGACAAAGCAAAUGACUGCUAUCGACAAGGACAUGCGCGAACUGGACAAGCUCAAGUCUGAAAAGCUCUCAAAAAGGCAGGAGGGUGAAGAGAAGGAAGACGAAAUCAACAAGGCGCGUAGGGAGGUGGGCACGAUUGCUAAGGAGAUGCAAGCAGUCCAGAAGCAGAUCAACACUUUGGAUGGCAAGGUGGAACAGAAGCGCAGUGAGAGACACUCAAUCCUUAAACAGUGCAAAAUGGAGGAUAUCGUCAUUCCAACAUCACGUGGAUCAUUGGACGACCUGGGGGGAGGAGACGAUGGCGAGUCUGAAGCCAUGGAACCUGGAAGCUCACAGAAUACUUCAGCCGUGAACGAAAGAGCAGCGAGGAUUGUGGUUGACUACUCCAGGCUCGAUGAGUCGUACUUCGAUCUCGACGACGAUGAGGUUCGAAAGAUCGAAAGCAAAUUGAACAAGCAGAUCAAUGAGCUAGCGUCGAUGCUGCAGAAGAUCCAGAUGCCGAACAUGCGAGCGAUGCAGAAACUUGACAUGGCGAGAGAGAAGCUGCAAGAGACCAAUGAGGAGUUCGAUUCGGCAAGGCGCAGAGCCAAAAAGUCGAAGCAGGCGUUUGAGCGGGCCAAGAAGGAGCGCAACGAUCGCUUCAUGGCCUGCUUUGAACAUGUCGCAAACGAGAUUGAUGGCAUAUACAAAGCCCUGGCACAGAACCAGUCGGCGCAGGCCUUCCUGGGUCCGGAGAACCCGGAGGAGCCUUACCUGGACGGCAUCAACUACAACUGCGUGGCGCCCGGCAAACGGUUCCAGCCCAUGUCCAACCUGUCUGGAGGGGAGAAGACGGUGGCGGCCCUGGCGCUGCUGUUCGCCAUCCACAGCUUCCAGCCGGCGCCGUUCUUCGUGCUGGACGAGAUCGACGCGGCGCUGGACAACACAAACAUCGGCAAGGUGGCCGGCUACAUUCGCAGCCAGACCGCGGCCAAGCUGCAGGUGCUCGUCAUCUCGCUGAAGGAGGAGUUCUACAGCCAUGCCGACGCGCUGAUCGGCAUCUGCCCGGACGCAGGCGAGUGUCUGGAGAGUCGCGUGCUCACGCUGCGGCUGACCGACUACCCGGACCAUCUGCAGGCGGACGAGCCGGUCGUCAGGCGCUGAGGCGCGCCUUUCCUCAGCCUGACCGCGCGGCGCGGGUGAUCGGCGCCCAGCCGGCGUCACAGUGCGGCGUGCUGAGCGGGAGUGGCCGGCGCCCUGCUGGUGUCACAGCGGGGCGUGCUGAGCGGGGGUGGCCGGCGCCCAGCCGGCGUCACAGUGCGGCGCGCUGAGCGGGAGUGGCCGGCGCCCUGCUGGCGUCACAGUGCGGCGUGUUGAGUGGGUGUGGCCGGCGCCUAGAAGGCGGCACGGUGUGGUGUUUCGGGCGGGAGCGGCCGGCGCCCAGAUCUUGACACAGCGUGACGUUUGGAGCGGGAACAGCCUGUGCCUAAAGGGCGAUAACGUGUGACGUGCACGCCGAGGGAGUUAUAUUGGUCCAGCGGCCGGUUCUAUUUGGCGCACAUGCCAAGCCUGCGCGUGACGUCACUUGCGAUUAGUUUUAAGAUCAGUUCUCACGUUCAUGGAUCCAUUGGAGUAGUUUUAGCUUACAGUGUCUUUAGAGCCAUCUGAAAUGUUUCAUUCGUGGUGGAUGUGGUGAGCUAUGACUUUGCAUAGCUGGUACGUCUUCGUAUAGUGUCCUCAUUUUUAGAAUACACGUGGCCGUAUUCCA